UUGGUAUGAUAUCUUUAAAGCCAGCCUUGCAUAUAACCCACCUAUAGCAGGGGAAAGAGAGCCAUCAUUGGAAAGAAAAAGGGCAAAAGGCAAAGAGAAUUGGAAGAAGGAAAAGCAGGGUUGGGGUGGGGGACUAGUGGCAUCAAUGGCAACACCAAAGCAGAUAUGGGAGCAACAGCAAUCCCAGAUGCAGCGCGUAAAGAACUCGGGAAUCAUCCUUACCAAUGAAACUCCAUUGAAAGAUGAUAAGGAAGAGGAAAUGGCCAAAUCCGCAUUGGCUUUGUUUCGAGCCAAAGAAGAAGAGAUUGAGAGGAAGAAGAUGGAGGUGAGAGACAAGGUUCAGGCUUAUAUGGGACGCGUCGAAGAAGCUACUCGCCGCUUGUCUGACAUUCGAGAAGAGCUUGAUGCCCUGAUAGAUCCAAUGAGAAAGGACAUUGCAUUUCUGCGUAAGAAGAUAGACACCGCUAACCGGGAGCUGAAACCAUUGGGACAGAGCUGCCAGAAGAAGGAAAGAGAGUACAAAGAAGCUCUUGAAGCCUUCAAUGACAAGAACAAGGAGAAAACACAACUAGUCAGCAAAUUAAUGGAGCUGGUGAGUGAAAGCGAGAGAUUGAGGAUGAAGAAGCUGGAGGAGCUGAGCAAAAGUAUUGAAACACUUAGCUAAAAAUGGUGCUGACUAAAACAACAUACAAGAUGUGCUUUGCGUGUUGUAAUUUGACUGAUUGUUUCAUAUAUUUUAUUGUUUUACUAUCCAUGUUUUUCAACUGGUUCUUCAAUUAGGAAAGUAGCCACUGAGCAGGUGUCACCAAA